AUGGAAACCUUUGCUCAGGAGGAUACAGUUCUUGACGCGUCGAUUAACUUUACUCCCUCUUUUGGCAAUAUGGAUACCUCUGCCCAGGAAGAUCGAGCUCUUCGCAACUCAAUCAACUUUGCUCCCACUGUCGACAAUAUGGAUCCCUUUGCGCAGGAAGAUACAGCUCUUCGCGGAUCAAUCGAUCUUGCUUCCUCUAACAAUAAUAAGGAUGAGUUCGGCGAGGAAGUACCAGCUCAUGGGGCGGAAUGGUAUGCAAACUGUACAGCUGAUACCUCCAUCGAAGCCUUCCACGCAGCAGAACUUUAUCCAGCGAAUCGCAUUACCUUUGGCACUAGAUAUACAAUCAGCUACUUCGAUUCCGAUGGCGUACCUAUGGAAGCGCCUCUCGAAAUCGACGAAGAACCUGUCCGAGUACGAAAAUUAAUGUGGAACAGAGAAAGGAUCUCCGAGCCCGCCGAUACCGCUCACCUCGCCGGCGAUCGAGCAAACCAUCUCCAAGACCCUAUCGAGCUGGAGCCAAAUACUCUCGAGCACCCAAAACAGUCUGCGAUCAAUGGCAUCUUCGAUAUCAAUUCUGAAGUUGAUCACCCAGCUAUCCAAGAUCAAGCUACGUCCAAGCCUACUACUACAUUGCCAGUUACCAAGUAUCAAGAUAAACGUGCGACAGAUGGCAGUUUCGGAAGCAGAGUCUCCAAUACCAUGCGUAACGUGGCUGCUAAGGGUUUACAAGUUGUUAACGAUUUAGAUGAAAAGGCUGCUACUCGCGCUCAAUUUCCUUUUGAUAGCCCAGAUUAUCAAUCCACAGACGACCACAUAACUACAAUACCAAUCACCAGACGUCACGACAAGUCCUCGAUAACUAGCAGUUUAGGUAGCAGAGUCUCCAGCACCAUUCGUAAUUUGGCUGAAAUUGGAUUACAAGUCAUAAACGAUUUAGAUGAGAAGGCCGCCAUUCACGCUCGAUUUUCCUUGGAAAGUCCAACUCCCAUGAAUCAAGAGUUGGUGGACACAAUCCAAACGAAACCUUUCGAAAAAUGGUUACAUACCAUCAAGCGACGAGGUGGACAUAGAAAGACAGCCAGCUGCGAUAUGCCUGGGAAAGUACCUGGAUAUGGCUUAUUCGAAACACCCACCACCAUAGAGACCCAGCCAGGCCACAGAAAAUCCCUAUCGGGCAGCUCUUUUGGUUUUGUGUCCAACAUGAAGAGUGUUGGAACCAGCCUUGCGAGCUUCAGUAUUGCACCACGUUCAAGGACUGGCAUGUCUUCUCGCCAUCAACGAACUGAUUUCAGCAGCAGAGCAUCAUAUGCUGGAAGAGCUUCCGAAGACAAUGGAAACACAUCACGGGGUAUCAUCAUGGAUAGGGACGUUCUCAAACGCAUGGAACAACGCCAAGGUGUCAUUGAGGAGAUUCUUUCCACGGAGAAAGAUUAUCUCGAUGAUGUCCGGGCUCUCAUACGUGUCUUUGAUGGCUUCCUAAUAACCGUCCCUAUCCUCUCUCAAAGCUUACGCAAGUCCAUUAUUCUGACACUCAAGGGCAUCUGGAACCACAAUAACGAGCUCUACAACGAACUUGUUACCGUUGUGGCAAAUACCAAUAAACUUGCUGGUGUAGACUCGAUCAACCUAGCAACCCAUCCGCCUGUCAAGGGACACAAGAGAUGGCAAAGCCUUGGAGGAGCACCUACUUCGGGGUCUACUGACAGCCAGGAUCGACACAUCGGUGACCCGAAGGUUGCCGGAGAGAUUGCAAAGGUGUUUUGCGGAAAGAUUCCCGGGUUGUUCUUCUACGAAUCAUACGGCAUCAUGCAUAACGAGGUUUUGAAGCAAAUCAAUACAACAUAUCGGACCACCGAUGAAUGGAAAGAUCUCAACCAAGCAAUCCGAUCAACCGAGGAAAUGAUUGUCUCUAUGGAUCAGCGGGAGAGUGGCUCGCAGAAAGCAAGAGAUUUUGCGGAUUAUUUCAUCAAGCCUAUCCACCGAAUUGCUAGAUACGAGGUUUUAUUUGGUCGUCUUCUAGGGCAAAGUCCAGUCUGUGAUUGUCCAGAAUCUUCAACCAUCGUUGAGACGACUCUUUUCCGGAUCAAAGAAUUACAUAGAGCAAUGAAUUGCACUACCGGUAAUCAUCAAAAGGCAACUGCAAUGUCAAGAACAUGGCUGCUGCAGGAUCGCCUAUUGUUUACAAGCCAGCCGGAAAGCAGAUCUCGGGACAAGAUUCGUACACUGGAGCAGAAUCACUUGUGUGGUGUGCUUCAUGCUUGCUGGCAGACGGAAGAUACGGUUGCAGGUCGCAGCGUCACCGGACAGUACCUUAUAGCUCUCUUGUAUGAAAAGUUCUUCGUUCUCGCUCAGACUUCCGGGAAGCAGGAUGAAGUCUAUUCUAUUCAAGCUUGUAUUCCCAUCAGUGAGCUCAGCGUAGAGGAGGUCGAUGAUGGUAAAGGUUUACAAUGUCACACGGCAUCCUACUCCUGGAAGAUUGUCUUUGAGUACCAUUCUCAACUCUUCGAAAUCAUAAUGAGUGCAUGCUCAGCAAAAGAAGAGCUGGAGUGGAAGAGCCGUCUUGUUGAUCGGUCUGCCAACCAGUGUGAUAGCACUGUCCAGCAAGAAAUGAUUGCAUCGCUGUCACUUGAUAUCAAGCCCAUGGGAACAGUUUACGGAAAGCCAGGAACCAUCGCUCGACGCAACUCAAUUCACAGAGCCACGACAUGUAGUACACUACAGACCACCAUUCUCCGUAACGUCAUCAUCAAAAACACCAGUACCACCACCGAAUCCGUUCUCUCCAGUUCCGCCUCCCAAAUCUCCAUCAAUCGCUCCCAAUCCCUCGCCGGCUCCCACCGCCCCAUAAUCCUCACUCCUCCACGCACCGAACGCGUGCAUCUCGAAACUCUGCUCGCCGACGUUUGGACCCGCGACAUCAUCCCCUAUCCUGGCUUCUGCUCCAAACCCCAGAGAGAGCACACGGUACGCGCCUCCGCCAGCUCCAUGAUGCGAAAACUGAGCCACGCCAGCAUCUCCAGCAUCACCAAGCGCUCCAGCAGCAUGGCCAGCCUGUCCAAGAGCGGCGAAGAUCACCCAGGCCGUGACGCAGCCACCGAGCUCGAUACUUUGAGACCCAUGCUCAUGAAUCAUCAGGCUCGUCAAAAUUCGAGCGAAAGUACUAGUAUGCCAUUGCCGGAUCUCGAGUAUUCCUUCUCGCAAGACACUGCUGGUACGAGCGGGCCGGGAAGACAUGGUUCGCGAUUGGCGGUUAUCAUGGAUGAGAAGGAGAAUAGUGCUGGUACUGGCACGGGUCAUGGUGUUAUUCAUUCGAUGACUGGCACUGGUAGUCCCAUCAUGGCUCGUCUGGCGAGUUUUAGGAGUAAGAAGAGCGUUGGUUCCAUCGCCGAUACGUUGAAUUCGAGGCGUUCGGCUGCGUCUGCAUCGCCUUCGGCGAAGAGUUCGUUGGCGUUGCCCAUUGUAACGGCGAUACAUGGAGAGGAAUUGAGGAAGGAAAAUGUAGAGCAUGCGUUGAAUGCGGAUGCGGGUAGUAGGAGUGGUAGUGUGAGUGGGAGUGGAGAGGAGGUCGCUGGAGCUCUGUUGCAGGCGCAGCAGAGAAAGGGAAGGAAUAGGACGUUGCUGGUGGAGGGGUUCAAGAAUCUUUUUCGUUAA